UCCGCUUUGGUCACACUGAUCCCAUUUAUUUAUUUUUUUAUACGUGGAUCGUGGCCCAAUUUAGUUUUAAAUUUAAAUGUUGUUUUAGCCUUAAAAUGCAUGCAAAGCUUAGCGAAAUGGAGUCGCGCAUCGUGGCGCGACUGAAUGCGGAGAUCGGCAAGGAUGCCAGCCAGCUGCACCGGGCCAAACACGUAGCCAGCCACUACAGGGAGCGGCUCCAAGCCUUGUACCAAACGCUUGACUAUGAGGAUGCCCAGAAUGUUUCCUGCUACAAAUCUGCCUUCCAGUGCCAGCAACAGGUCUGCGAAAGCCUCGAUUUUGAGAUGGAGAAACUGGCGCAGUUCGGUGAGAAGCUGAAAACGAAGCUAAGGGAGUGUCAACCCGCACUGGACGGCGUGGCAGAGGACUUGGGACGGGUCCGGCAGCUACAGCGUCUGACGCAGUACCUGCGGCUGGUUCAAGAUAUCCAGGAAAUCAGCGCUGCCUUGGGCAACGCCAUCAAUGGGAAGGACGAAGCCAAGUUGGUGAAUAUCUACCUAACGCUCUACGAGGGCAACGACUGCGAGCACAGCGUAGUAGGUCGCCUUCAUGCCGUGCAGGCACCUUCACUGAAAUCCUUCGCCGAACGCACUGCCAUCUACUGGCACAAACAGCUCCUCAAGCGCCUGUCCAGCGAAUUCGAGGCCGUGCUGAAGACUAUGCGCUGGGCGCACCUUGAACAGCAGGCCCUCAACUACUCGCCAACCCGAGACACUGCCAAGGCCCAACUCCUGGCCGAAUACAUGUUCCUCGUCAAAUCACCAGCGGAAGAGCAUGCGCCUCUCCUAAGCAUCACUCCCAGCAUCGUGUGUCAGCCCAUCAACCAGGUGGUGCAGCUCCUGCUGGCCCCUUACCGCCAGCGCUUCACAUUUCACUUUACGGGCACCCGGCAAACGAAUCGGUUGGACAAGCCCGAGUGGUUCUACACACAGAUCCUCAACUGGGGCAAGGAGACGCAUUUCUUUGUGGGCAAGACAUUCCAGCCAUCGGCCAUGAAGGCAGGCAAGCUGGACUAUAAUCUCAGGCUAGAGUUUAUGCGAGGACUGGUACAGUUAACCAUUGAAAAGCUGGCCGUGGACAUUGAACAGAUUGCCCAGGACGAGAUCCUCUUCGCCCAUCUGCUUGACGAGACGCUGGCCUUUGAGUCUGAGCUGCGGGAAACCUUCGGCUAUCCGGCUAGCUUCCCCAGCGCCAUUUCUGUUAUCACACAGCCCAUGUACUUGCUCCGCUGGAUUUCCCUAGAAGAGCGAUUCUGCGCGGAAAAAAUGGAUUACAUACUGCAGGCGGAGACGCCGUUCCAGCUAAUUGACCCCAACACUUUCGAGGACGAUCUGAAGAUACCGCGUUGUGCGGAUCAGUUUAUGCGGCUGCUGGACGCUAUAAAAGAUCGCUACUAUGGGCUGAUACAGCCUGGUCACCAGCUGCAGUUUCUGCAGUUGCAACUGGAGCUGAUUGAUAGCUUCCGAAGACGUUUAGUGCAGCUCCACAGCAUCGGAGCUGUGCGCAGCAUUCCCGUGCUGAACGCCAUCAACUACCUGGUGAUGGUGUUGCGCGAGUGGGGCGAGAACGUGCACUAUCUGCACUUGCAAUCGGCAUUGGCCGGUCCCAAUGCCUCCCAGAUCAACUCGGUGUUUGAGCAUGCCGUUGCCGAGCUGGAGCACUGGGCCAGUCAGCUUACGAAAGAUCUGGCCACAAAGGCAACCAACGAGAUGAAGGCCAAGUCGAUGAGCUAUCGAAGGGAUGCAUGGCCAACCAUGCCGGAGCAGAACAGCAGAGAGCCGUUCAUCCUCUCCCCCAGCGGCGGGGAAAUGUUUCAGGUGCUGGUCACCCUGCUGCACAAUUUGGAGAGCGAACUCUCCGCCAAUCUGUUCAACCAAACGCUCCGCUUGAUAGCCCAUCAAAUCGAUGACUUCAUGCUUGAUAGCAUGGUCAUGAACACGAAGUUUGCGCCUGCGGGCGCAGCGCAAUUCAAUUAUGACAUGACGCGCAACUUAUUCGCGCUGUUCGGCCAGUAUACACGUCGCCCGGAGCUGCUCUUUAAGCGAAUACACGAUGCCACCAAGCUAUUGACGGCGGCCCGGGGUACGGCUUUGUUGCUGCUUGAAACGCUACGCAGUGGCCAGUCGGCGGAGGAGAAAACGAAGCCUCUAAAGGAACUGAAGGUGCUUAGUCUGGACAGCAGGCAGUGCAUUGAGGUCUUGGAGCGGCGGACAGACAUUAAAAUGUUUUAAAAGAAUGGAGUAAACUAAAGAAUGAACGUUUAA